UCUCUUUGGUAAUGUGUAAAACAAACGAAUAUCUGAACGUAGUUUUUAAAUUUUCUUUGCGAAUAUCUUCUAAUCUAUUUGUUACAACAAAAUAAUUUGUUACAGCAUAAUAGGUUUUUAAGUACCUAUUUCAUAGUAUUAAACUGCUUUGACGUAAAAUGUAUUUAGGUGAUCAGUUUCCAAAUUUUACUGCGAUCACAACUGAUGGCAAAAUUAAUUUUCAUGAGUGGAUUGGCGAGUCAUGGGCUGUUCUGUUUUCUCAUCCCUCAGACUUCACUCCUGUUUGUACAACUGAACUUGCCCGGGUUCUGAAAUUGCUUCCUGAGUUUGCUAAACGUAAUGUUAAAGUUAUUGGCUUGUCAUGUGACUCUGUGGCGUCACAUGAAGCGUGGUGUAAAGAUAUUAAAUUCUAUGCAGAUUGCAGUGAUGAUGAUAAAUUUCCUUAUCCAAUCAUAGAAGACAAGGAUAGAAGCCUAGCAAUGAAGUUAGGAAUGAUUGAUAAGGAUGAACUGGACUCCCAUGGAAUGCCUUUAAGUGCUCGGGCUGUUUUUAUUAUUGAUGCAAACAAAAAAUUCCGCCUAUCGCUGUUGUACCCAGCUACUACUGGAAGAAAUUUCGAUGAAAUACUUCGUGUAAUUGACUCCCUUCAACUAACUGAGAAUAAUAAAGUGGCCACACCUGCAGAUUGGAAGGUGGGCGAUGACUGCAUGGUUCUUCCCGUCGUACCUCAAGAUAAAGUGGCUGAAAUGUUCCCCCAAGGUGUAACUGUAGUUAAACUACCCUCCGAGAAGGAAUACCUGCGCAAGACCCCUUGUCCAAAUAAAAGUAGCUUUUAGUGUAUGUAAUGUUCGGUUAGAUAAAGAAGGGUAGGUAUUCUUCUCAAAACAAAGUUUAAAUUUUGGAUAUUAUAUUCAUUGGUGGUUCAAACUAAAAGUUUGUUUUAAAUUAACAGCACUUAGAGGACAAUGAUUGUAAAAUACAGAUCAAAGGAAACUUAAAUAAGAGCUUUAAAAAAGAUUACUCUAAGGCGCUAUAGCAUGACUGGUGAAAUACAAAAAUAACAUUAAAAUUAAAUUUUGACUGUUUAGUUAAUAUAACCGAAAGUUAAGUAAAUACGGAACGGUCGUAACGCGUUCAUAUACUUGUGCGCUUGAUCACAGCGCGUGUAAUAUUUUGUUUCAAUCGUGCCAGUUAAAAUAUCGCAUGUUGCCAUUUCCUACCUACCUAUUGUUCUUUAUCUAGCCCAGUGUAUAUUGUCAUAUGACUCGUGAAGCGAUUUGAAACAAUUAUUUUUUAUAGUCUGUUUGUUACUUUCAUAUGGUAAAUGUUAAAAUUGUUAAAAUAUGAAUUUGAAAUAAAUAAUGCUUUAUUGACAUUUUUUGAAAA